CGGGUUUGACGUUCGCUGUUGUUGCUGGAAGUGGCGUCACCGCGGAGGGACGCGCUGGAAGCGGAAGCGGCCGUUGUGCCGCGCGGCGGCAGAUUCGGGCGCCUGAGGCGGGCGGCUCCGGCCGCGGAAAGUGUCGCCGGCGGUACCUCUUCACUGCUUGGCCCGGGGGGCGUUUGAGUAUUCGUUUGCUGUCAAGAAAAGGAAUUCUACAAAAACAGUGACUGAAGGGAACAGACAACAUUACAAUUACCUCAUAAUCUGAAAGAGCAGCGUUUGGAAUAAUGACAACAGGAGACCUAAGAGGAAGUUUAAGAAAAAUAGAACGAGGACUUCGCAUGUUAAAUUAUCCAAGAGAUGUAGAUUAUACAGUGUUAGUGAAAGGUGAUCCAGCUGCAUUUUUACCCAUAAUUAGCUAUUCCUUUACAUCUUUCUCAACUUACAUAGCAGAACUUCUGGUGAAAUGUGAUGUGGAACUUACAGCAAAGAGUGACUUGCGCUUUAUUGAAGCUAUUUAUAAGCUUCUUCGAGAUCAAUUUCACUAUAAACCAAUUCUAACAAAAGAACAGUUUCUUCAGAUUGGUUUUGCAGAAAGAAAAAUGCAGAUAGUUUGCGACGUUAUCAACUGUGUGGUGAAAAAACAUAAGGAAUUAAGUAGCCUGAAUAAGGCUAAAUCCCUAACAAGGAAGAAAGUCAGACCUUCAAAACAUGAAGUAUGGUCAGAUUGUGGUAAUGUUCUUGCUGAUCUUGGUGGCAGUGCUCUGAAUUCCAAACAGCAUGCUCAAAAGAUGCCUCUUGUAGAACGACACUCAGGAAACGAAGUUAGUGAUGACCUUCCUCUUGCACCUUUUAGUCCAACACCUCUUAAUGCACCAUCCCUUCCAGCAGAGGGAGCUAAUGAAGAAGAAUUGUACUUAGAUGAUGUUAUGGAAGUUAAAUGUGAACAAGUCAUAGAAGACAAUUCCCAAAUUGAGUUCCUAAGAAGUCAGCUUGCUGAUUGCCAGGAAAAGCUUCAUAAGCUAGACUGGAUGGAAGAUAAGGUACAUGUUUUAGAAGAGAGGCUGAAAGGGAAGGUGAUUAUAGAUGAGAAGGACUGGAAUAAUUUGUUGAGCAGAGUUUUGCUUCUUGAAACAGAACUGUUGCUGCAGUCCAAAAAGAGAGACUUAUCUGCAGAGUUCAGCAGCGUAAGUCAAGAUGGUACUUCUGGUAUAAUUCCAGUCUCUCCUGGUAUAGAAAAGGAGGAGGAGAUGACAGAGUGUCUUCAUCAGUCGUCUGGAUACAGUUCACUAGUGUCCACAGACCCAUCUCCCAAAGCCGUGACCAUUAAUUCUCAUGAUCUGACAGACAUUUCGAAGGAGACAACAAGACAAAGAAUGGAAAGGAUAAGUAAAAUAAUUGAAGAAACCUCAGAAUUGUUGAAAACUUCAAGUAACACCUCUGAAAAUACCUGAAAGAACAGUUCUUCAGGCCUGGUCUCUGUAGACGUAUGGAUAUAAAAAUUAAUAUGUAUGUUUGUCCAACAUUAAAUUUUUAAUAUAUCAAAUUUGUAAUGGUCACUGUUUUUAUAUUUCUUUGAGUAAAUAUCUUUUAAUGCAUCUAUGUAUUUAUUAUUAUUAUUUUUUUUUAAUUUUCCUCACUGGCUUUUACUUUCUAAAACUAUUGAAAUAGUUCUUCCCCCUCUCCUUUCAUAGGGCAAAGUCAUUACAGGGGUGUAUUUUUGUGUUGACAUUUGUUAGCAGUGUGUUAAGUAGUAUGUUUUUCGAAGUGUGGGCUUGAGGACCAUGGUUUACAUCCUGCUGGAAAUGCUCCAGCUGGUACUUGCAUAUUGCACCCAAGAGGCUUUAUGGCAUACUGUCUUACCAUCUGUACUGUUGAAUAAGUUUUCAUUAAAACUUAAAUACACAAUUUUAAAUACAUACCUUUUUUAAAUAUAAAUUUUUGUACUCAGCUAGAGAGCACAAACAUAUUAUGGCUUUCCUUUUACACAAACAAAGUGAGGGUCAGUUUGAUCCUAAACACUAAAAUGUGCGACUAAGUCCACAGACUACAAGAGAUGUGUUGAGUGUUUUGGUACUCUUACCCAACACAUUUUAAGACUAGCAGCACAGAUGGACACCAUCCACUAUACAAAGAUGCGCAACACCUUUAUGAUUGGAAGCUGUGUUAAAAUUUCUCUUUAGAAAUGUGAGUAGAUGCAAGACUUUCAAAACAUAUAAUCAAACCAAAAAUGUGUUAAGUAUGGUAAGACUUAUUUCUCAUUGUAAAUUACUGGCCUAUCAUAUCAGUAUUUCUUUGUACUGUAGUGCCCACUUUACAUAAAAUAUUUUGGAAGUUUCAUUCAUAAAAUCAGUGGGGUUUUUUUAGUGUUUUUUUUUUAGUUUUUUUUUUUUAACUUUCCAUUUUUAAUAUAGUUGCUUCCAGAAAAUAAAAGAAGUGGGAGAGUCAGAAGAUAUGAACUUGUUCUUCUCUUUGUUUAAAAACAGAUCUUGGAAAUUACUUCAUUAGUUUUACAGUAAUAUAUAUACUUUUUUCUAGAUAUAAGAGGACGCCUUCUAAAAUGGGACUGCAGCACCAUCUUGUGGAAAUCUUUAUACAAAGUAAUAACCAAAGUAGGAAAAAAUGAAGUGUAUUCUAUACAGUUAAAACCAUUGCUUUAAACUAGCAAUGAUCUAAUAUUUUGAAAUACUAUCUCCUUUUUAAUAUUUCUACUUUGCCUUGGCUUGGAAGAGGGAAAGCAAUUUAAUUAAAAUAGUUAUUAAUAUUUAAUCUUUAUGGCAGGAACCUGUAGAGCAAUGAAUCUGCUUAUGUUGGUAUCAUGCUCAGUAUGGGAAGUGCUAGCCAAUAAAAAUGGUUCAAGUUGCAGGAAUUAAUCCUUCAAUACUUGUGAGUGAAGCAACGUUAGGAAGAAGUGUUUGUUAGUCUGCAAUUUAAUAUCAUCUCUAUUCACUAAUAAAAAAAUUGAAAAUUGA